CCAACAAAAUGGCUACCUGCUUCCUUAAAAGCGACACAGCUCUAGCGGGCUACGAGUGGUCACUAGAAGAAGUGAUAGCGCAUGCGCAGCUUUACACAGUCUGGGUCGCUGGCGCCAAGGCAUAUAGACGGCCACGCCUCUAUGUAGCCAGAAGCUCCGCCUGUGGCACGUCACGUGACUCCCUGGGAGCCCCUCCCGACGGUCACUGGGAGAUACUGAGACCGGGAGGCGCAGAGACACCGGAGAGAGCCCGAGUCCCGGCUCAUUUACACAAAGGAGACGCCCGAAACCCUCCUGAGGCCGGAGAGACAUGGGCCUGACCGCCGGAGGGUUACCCGAGGCUGAGAGAAGCCGCUAAGGACAGUCGCUGGGCUAAUCCCCCCGUACACACGGUGGGGGAGGAGGGAGACAAGUGUGAGCUGUGGUAGCGCCCGGGCCGGAGGCCUCACAGGAGGUAUACGUGUGGGAAAACACAACUCUUAGAAGCAUGGUUGAAGCACAGGCAUUCAUUCUGCACACAGAAGUACUGGCGGUGAUAACUGCAAUAUGAACCGUGAAGAACGGAACGUGCUGCGUAUGAAAGAAAGAGAAAGGCGAAAUCAAGAAAUCCAGCAGGGCGAAGAGGCCUUUCCAACUACCUCUCCUCUCUUUGCUGAACCUUAUAAAGUUACCAAGGAAGAUAAAUUAUCCAACCGUAUCCAGAGUAUGCUGGGAAACUACGAUGAAAUGAAGGAUAUGAUAACUGACCCACCUUUGUCACUUGGACUUUCCAAGCACAGUGUCCCUCCUCCUCCAUCCGAUGAUAAAUCGGGACAAAGCUUCUAUGCUGACCAGAGACAUAGUACUUCACACCAGAGCAGUAAAUGGACUCCUGUGGGGCCUGCACCAAGCACUUCUUCUCAGUCCCAGAAACGUUCCUCAUCCAGUUCACAAGGAGGUCAUAGCAGGAGCAGCAGCAGUCAAAGACAUGAUAGGGAGUCCUAUAGCAGUAGCCGGAAGAAGGGGCAACACGGGUCAGACCACUCAAAAUCACGGUCCAUCAGCCCAGGAAAGCAGUCUGCUUUGAGUUCUAGCCAUUCCCGUCCUCAUGGGAUUGAUCAUCACAGCAAAGAUCGUACACGCUCCAAAUCUCCAAGAGACCCGGAUGCUAAUUGGGACUCCCCUUCUCGUGCCCCUUCAUUCUCAAGUGGACAGCACUCCUCACAAGCAUUUCCACCAUCUUUAAUGCCCAAAUCUAGCUCAAUGUUGCAGAAACCUACAGCUUAUGUACGGCCAAUGGAUGGGCCUGAAUCUAUGGAACCCAAAUUGUCCACUGAGCACUACAGUGGUCAGUCUCAAGGCAAUAGCAUGAGUGAGCUGAAGUCCUCCAAAGCACACUUAACCAAACUGAAGAUCCCUUCUCAACCUCUGGAUGCCUCAGCAUCUGGUGAUGUGAGCUGUGUGGAUGAAAUUUUAAAAGAAAUGACCCACUCAUGGCCUCCCCCUCUAACUGCCAUCCAUACCCCAUGCAAAACUGAGCCUUCCAAAUUUCCGUUUCCAACUAAGGAUUCCCAACAAUCAAGCUUUUCCAGCACUGAUCAAAAGCGGUACAGUGUGUCAACAAAAGCUUCCAAUGGUCACCUACCAAAAUCCAUGCUGAAGGAGGACCUAAAGCUGAGCAGCAGUGAAGAUAGCGAUGGAGAUCAGGAUUGUGAUAAAACUGUACCAACCAACACACCUGGAAGUAACUCUGAGCCAUCACAGCCUAACAGCGAAGGAGCAGAGAAUUCCAGGGACGAUUCGAGCAGUCACAGUGGAUCAGAGAGCAGCUCCGGAUCCGAUUCAGAAAGUGAAAGCAGCUCCAGUGAUAGUGAAGCUAAUGAACCCUCCCGCAGUGCCUCUCCUGAGCCUGAGCCUCCACCAUCAAAUAAAUGGCAACUGGACAAUUGGCUGAAUAAAGUCAAUCCGCAUAAAGUAUCUCCUGCAUCUUCAGUUGAGAGUAAUAUUCCGUCAUCACAAGGAUACAAAAAGGAUGUACAAGAGCAGGUAUCCGGAACAAAUUACACAGAACCUAGUGGGCCCAAGGAAUCUAAUAACUCUACCCCAAUAAGAGACUCCAAGGGCGCCCAAAAAGGAUCAGAGAGUAGUCGUGGGAGGCAGAAGUCUCCAGCUCAGAGUGAAAGUACAUCGCAGAGGAGAAAUGUUGGUAAAAAACAACCCAAAAAAAUUGAAAAGACAACUGUAGAGGCUCCAAGACGAGAGUUAAAAAUUGAAAGUGUAACAACAGCAGAAACGACCACCAACCUGCCUGCAAAUCGCCAUAAAGCAGCCACAAAAGGGUCCAGAAAACCCAGUAUAAAAAAAGAAACAAAGUCAUCGCCUCGGCCUGCAGCAGAAAGGAAAAAGUACAACAAAAGCUCAAAUAAACCCUCCCAAAAAUCCAAGGAGUUCAUUGACACUGAUACCUCAUCUUCUGACUCUGAUGAAAUUGAAAGCCUUCCACCUUCAUCCCAAACCCCCAAGUAUUCUGAGAGCAAUAGGACUCCUCCAGCUAAACCCUCCGUUGAGGAGGAUGAUACAAUUUUUCGGCAACGAUUGUUCUCUCCUAUGGAAGAGAAAGAGCUUCUUUCCCCCUUAAGUGAGCCUGAGGACAGAUACCCACUUAUUGUUAAAAUUGACUUGAGCCUGUUAUCACGGAUACCAGGGAGGCCUUUUAAAGAGACUGAACCACCGAAGGUUGAAAAAAUUGCACCAGAAAAACAUCCAAAAGAAACUCCGAAACAGACAGAAAAGCCUUCCAGCAAAGGAAAAAGAAAACACAAGAAUGAUGAAGAGGUCAGAGGUAAUGAGAGCAAGAAACAGAAACUAGAGGAGAAGUCAUCAAGCCACAAGACAUCCAGCAGAGAAUCAACUAAACAGAAUCCAGUGAAAGAAAAAGAUCCCCUUCCCUCCCCUGCUCCACCUGCACUACAGAAAGAUUCAAAAACGGAGAGGAAAAGAACAGUUAGUCAGUCAUCCUCCCUAAAAUCGGGAAGCAGUGGCAGCGCUAAAGAUACCAGCACCAAAAGUAACUCUUCUGCCAAGCAACGUAAGACUGAAGGGAAGUCCUCUAACACUACAAAGGAACCCAAGGAGAAAGCUUCAAGUAAUUCUGCUACUGUUGCCUUUAUACCACCAAUUGAUAACAAAUCUCGAAGAGCAAAGCUGACGUUUGAGGACAGGAAUCAUUCGGCUGACCAUUAUUUGCAAGAAGCAAAGAAACUCAAGCACAAUGCAGACGCUUUGUCUGACAGAUUUGAAAAGGCAGUAUACUACCUUGAUGCUGUGGUUUCCUUCAUUGAGUGUGGAAAUGCAUUAGAGAAAAGCGUUCAAGAGUCAAAAUCCCCCUUUCCCAUGUACUCGGAGACGGUGGAGCUUAUUAAGUAUACUAUGAAACUUAAAAGUUCAUCAGCACCAGAUGCUACAGCAGCUGAUAAAAGACUGGGUGUUCUUUGUCUCCGAUGUCAGUCCCUCCUGUACUUGAGAUUGUUUAAACUGAAGAAAGAGAGUGCACUGAAGUAUUCAAAAACAUUAACAGAGCACCUAAAAAAUUCUUACAAUAAUUCGCAAGCUCCAUCACCAGGUUUGGGAAGUAAGUCUGUUAGCAUGCCUUCUCCAGUGUCUCCAAAGCUGUCCCCUGGUAGUUCCAACAACUAUACCUCCAGUGUGUCGAGUUCAUCGGGUGGCACAACAUCAGUGACUAUUCCGCAGAGGAUUCAUCAAAUGGCUGCCAGCUACGUCCAGGUCACAUCCAAUUUUCUUUAUGCCACUGAAAUUUGGGACCAAGCUGAACAGCUCUGUAAAGAGCAAAGUGAUUUUUUUACAGAACUGGAUAAAGUAAUGGGCCCCUUGAUCUUUAACUCGAGCACCAUGACAGAACUGGUACGCUAUACCCGUCAAGGCCUGCAUUGGUUGCGCUUGGAUGCUGGUUUGAAACAUUAAAGACCGGAGUAUUGGGAUCGGAAAUCUUUUUCUUGCUGCCUCUUAAUUUUUCCACAACACUGUGUCCUGCUUAGAAGGAAGAUGCCAUAACAUACUGUGUGGCUGGCGCUGAGGACAAACAGCUCUGCACAACUUUGUUUCAGCCAUAUCCAUUUAACACUUUCCUGGUCAUCUUGUUGAGACAUGCGGAAGCUUCACUUUUUAUUUAAGAAGAACGAACUUAUUUAAACUAUUUUUCAUAGCAUUAUGAAUGUUAUAUUUUUUUCCAUCAUUCUACAGAGGAAUCAAUAUUCCUGAUAUCAUGCACGAUAACUUUUUAAAACUAUUUAUUUUAUAAAGCUUAUUGCAAAUGUAAAAACUACAAGGAGGCAGUGCCCUUUUCCUUGUCCAUGGUCAAACCUUCAUCAGUGUAAGGGGGUUAUUGUGCUCCCACCUGUUGUCAGUAGUAUGUUCAACAGACCGCACAUCUUCAUUUUCUGAUGGCUGUGGCGUGUCACAGGUUUGACAUUUUAAAUCCUGUCUUUCAGCAGUGAAAGGGGGUUGUGCAGUUUUUAAUAUAUCACCUAUCAAAUUAGCCUUCCAAGAACUUUAUAUGACACAACUUAUGCAUUUCUUGUUUUUUAAUGGUUCGUGGGCUUUGUUACUUUGUACUGUCUACCUUGUUAGAGAAGAAGCAGCAGUGCAUUUUAGUGUAGCGAUAGGUACUUUUCAUACAUGCCAUACAGCAGCUGUGACAGGAUCAUGUUUAUCACAGAAAAACCAUAACGGAGCACGCACAUGAAAUAUAAGAGCUCAUAUAAGCAAGAGAAAUUGUAGAGACUAUAUAUAUAUAUCUAUAUAAAUAUAUGAAAGUAUAAAAGUAUUAUUGACUGAGUGAAGAGGGACUGUUCAGAGAAGCUCUAGACCACAUGAGAAAACACUAUUUUACAAUCAGUAGGAUACAUAGCUUGUAUGAAAUACAAUCUUCCGAUUGGGAAAACAGGGUAUGAUUUGUUUUACAUAAUGGAAUAACAUGAACUGUGACAGGCCUAUAGUAUUGAAUCAGUUGUAUUUCCCAGUAUUGCUCCUCACGGAUUGUAGGAUAUUAAAAUGUUGAGAUAUACAGAAGUGUAGCUGGUUUUCAGCUGAUGGCAGGGAAACUCCUUAUGUAAUGUGAAGCAAGGCUUCUCUGUUUUUAGCCCAUGAAAUGGGAUUCUUAAAGAUUUUAACCUGGAGGUCUGCAAGUCCUUCUUGAUAAAAUGUACCUACAGAAUUUAUUAGCCCUGGUGCCAAGGUAUUUUAUGGUAUUUUCUAAUUUGCCACUUUCUAAUGUCAAAAUUUUUAUAUUGGAUUAAGGAUGUUCUACACUUUGACUCGGAUGCAUAAUUCUCAUUGUGUACAGUGUUCUGCUUUUCAGAAGGGAAACUUAUGCUAGGCUUGUCAAGUAUCCCCCAGUGAGCGUCGGCGACAGUGCUGGGUUCUGCACCUAAUACUUUACAUUUUAUGUGAAAAUUAAACAUAUGGAUCUCUCAGAGAGUGCUUAAUAUAUACAUAUAGAUCAUUUAGCUUUAACAUAACAUUCAGCAAUCCUUUUUAUUUAUUGAAUAAAUGUGUCAUAACCUGUUUUAUGUAGGUUGCUUUUAAAGAAGCUAUUAAUUGAGAAAAUGUUGUGUAUAAAAGUAAGACUUCUACAUUAAGUUUCCUCCUUAGUAGUUCUGCUUUUGUUGUUUCUCAUUAUGGCACUGUUUUGGUGAGUGAAAGCUCCUGGACUUUGUCAGCCAUCUUAGGCUGGGUGCUGCUGGUACAGUGAGAUCGAAAUAUGACAUGCUCCCAUUCUUGAUCACUUUCGCAUUUAGUAUAUGGCACAUUGGUUCUAGAAAAUUGGUUAAUUCUAAAGUCUCAACCUUUCAGAGUGGUCAUAAGCAAAAACGGAAAAGAAUAAACUAGCAAUUGUUGGCAGUGGUCAUCUUCUGACCAUAGGAUCAUUUUUUAACCUCAAGGAUUGACAAUGAUAGAUGCCAGAUUUUUUACAGAUUAAUUCUGCUUUUAUUCAUGACAUUGCCAGAUUCUGUUACUGUUUUUAAUAUUGCACCCAAGCAGUGAACGCAUAGCUGUUACUGUGUCACUUUAACAGAUUUAAUUACAUAGAAAUUUUCCUACAACAGUGUUAAAGCGCAUCGGUCGCCUAAACUGACCCCUGUUAUUUAGGCUCAUGAGUAUAUUCACCUCACUGCGUUAUGUCCUAACAUACUUUUAUUUUGUGGUGGCCAAAAAUAAGCAAAAAACUGCAGAAGUCAGUUAUCUGUGGAGGUGGGGCCAGAAGUUCUGGAGCUAUGCUGAUCUGAUGCGCCUAUCUCCCAGACGUCACCUGUGAUUAGAAUGUGCUUAUGGGCCUUCAUUAAAGGGGUCAGUUUAGGUGACAGAAUUUAGUCUGUAUAGUAAAAACGCAAAGCAUUGAAGAUUAAUAAAACAUUUUGGACACAUGAUUUAUAUUAGAACGCUAUGUGUCCUUUAGACAGAUACGCCACAAGGGUGUUUAUGCUCUUGAGAUGAAUGUGUCCAAUGGAAACUGAAAAAUAUUAUGUAAAAAGGUUCCUUCUUGUGAAGGUUGUGGGUUGAAUCCAUUGUAUUAUGAGAUCAUGCAUGUUAGUACUGACAAAGAAAGCUGCUGAUCACAAGCAGGCAGCAGGGGAGAUCAGUGUGAAGCUGCAUCUUAUAGGACACACUAGCGAAACUGCACAUAGAAGAGACAGGCAGUUUAGAAUCAGUGGAGCUUUAUAUCUCUGCAGUUAAUCAUUGUAGGGAUCAAUUCAGUAUAUUAUUGUUUCACUUGUCCUUCUAUAGGGCAGAAGUUAUUUCUUCAGCACUACUGCAUGUAUAAUGGGCCUUACAGACGCACAAGGGGGAAGCUUUGUAGGGAAGGGGAGUGUCUGAAAGCUGCAGGGAGGAACUAGGUUGAUGAUGUAAUUGUGUAGGUCACAGGAGAUGCUCCACAGCGGGGGGGGGGGGAGAGAGACUGGUGUCAUAUUUGGGAUCACAUGACACAGCUGUCAUAAUGAAAGGCUCAAAUGUAUGGGUGAAACCAAUUACCCUGCAAAAUAUUGAGUUGUCCUUAUAUAUCCAAAAAUAUGUUUGCUAUAGUUCUACUUUAACUCUGCUCAACCUGACCAUUGUUGAUAAAGGCUAUACCCAUAUUGCCAUGUUGCUCUCUAUUUAUAAUAAUCACCCUGCAUAUUUAAACAUAAACACACUCUACCAGGUGAUGGUCUUAAAGGAGUACUCCGGCACGCACUUUUUUCCUUUUUUAUCCCGUCCGGGCUGCAAAAUAAAAGAAAACACACUUUCUCUUACCUGCCAACGAGCCC